AUGGCGGGUAAUGGUAAUGGUCGUGGUUGUAGGGUGGAAGUGAUUGGUGGCAAGGGGUGUUCGAGGCUUGUGGCAGGUUUUUCAUCUUCUUUGCCUUCUUUUAGAGGGGUGCGAUUCUCUGAAACAAUGUCUCCUGCUUCCUCCUCCUUUGGCUCCGAGACGGUGGUUCGAUCAACUAGUCCGUUUGCUGGUCUCGUUAUUUGUGUUACUGGUUUAUCCAAAGAAGCAAGGAAACAGGUCAUGGAAGCCACAGAGAGAUUAGGCGGUAAAUACAGCCCGGACUUGCAUCCCCAGUGUACCCAUCUUGUGGUUCAGAGCUUUGGUGGACGUAAAUUUGAGCAUGCUUUGAAGUAUGGAUCAAAAAAAGGCCUCUUUGUUGUUACCCUUGGAUGGUUUGUGGAUAGUGUUCGAAAGAAUGUGAGGUUGAGUGAAUCACGGUACACGGUCAAGAGUGUCGGAGAAACUGGCUUGUGCUUGGAUGAGUUGAAUCGACUUGUUGGGUUUUCUAGUGCUGAGAAUUCUUGUCUUCCUGUUGGUAUCCAUGAGGUCAAGCGAAUUGACUUCACUGACGAAGCUCAAAAACAACUCUCUGUGAAGUUCAGUAGAAACAUGGACUCAAGUCUAACUGGUUGUACUAUGUAUGUUGAUUCAGACAUUUCACCUGAGCUGAAGAAGAAGGUUGUUGAGGUUGCCAUCAGAGAAGGUACCAUGAUUGUAGAUCAAUGGUUUGUUGGUUGCAGUGCAAGUCAUGUGGUGUGUGAAGGGGCAUCUAUACAGAGAUAUCUUGGACACUCCAGCAACCUUGUUACGCCAUUGUGGGUUCUGAAAACGGUAAAGAAGAAAUGUGUGCAGAGGCUUGUUCAUUUGUCUGCUGAUUUGGCUAGGCAAAUUGGGACAAUGCUUGAAAAUUCCAAAUACGGCAUUGCAGUAGAGGAGAAAGGUAGGGCAAGUGUCCUUCAAGCUGCCCAGGGUUUGAGAAGGCACAAAAGCCUUGACGAAAGACAACAGACGGCAAAUUUUGCCAAAAAUGGGGUUAGAAAUCGUCGUGGACGUCGUAUGCAGACUUGUCAAACACCAAUGCGGCCAAUUACUCCAAGCAGUCUACUGGAUUCAAUUUGCUGGUCAAUAUCUGAGCCAACUUCAACUGCUUCUAUUUACAUGGACUCAUUCAGUGCUGAAGAUGGUAGUGAAAACCAUACAUCCAUAUCGUUUGAUGCCAAGGGUGAUGGAAAGGAUUCUGAAGCUUCAUUUGCAAACCUAACGCGACCACUUACAGAAAGUGAGAAAGCAGAACUGAUAUUUAAAAGCCACUUUCUUACCAUACUGUUUCCGAUGGACCGAUUUGCCGAGAUGGGGCAUUCUUCAAGAACUUUUUUCAGUGACAAUGGUUUUACAUGUAUACAGGCGUUGGAUCAUAUUUAUGCAUUUUAUCAGGAUAACAUGUCACCUGAUGAAAUAGAUGCUGCAAUUCAUACUGAUUCAAGGCAUGCUGACCGACUUCGAUCAGUGUACUCCAGCAAAGAAACACCCGAAUGCGGUUAUGUAAACUUCAAACGGGUAGAUUUCUUAGGUAGUCGUCGGAGUUUCGAGAUGUUAAAGCGAGUUAGUGGGGAUAACAGUAGCAAUGUGUACGAGCUCUUGAUCAGAGCAUAAAAUACCAUCCUCCAUCCAUGAGGGUUGGUGUCGAUUUCAUCACGUACUGGUUUUUCAGGGAGUUGUUGUAGUGGCUUGCAAGGACGCUCAAUUUUCAUGCUGAGUUGUUCUUUACGAGUCCCUGAGCUUCACGCGUAUCAA